UCGCUCUAUUUUGAACCCAACCAGCUGGCAAGGCCCCUUCGCCGCGAGUUUCAGCAGUGUGUUUCAGUCGUUCAGCGGAAUCGGAUCCCUCGGCCGUUCUUUCGUACGCUCGUUCGUUCGUCGUGACCGUCGCAUUGAAGUUUCCGUCAACUUGCGAGUGAGUGAGUCUUGGAGAAAUUUGUGGUGCGUUCAUUGAUCGGACUCUCGAGCAACAGGUUUGCAAAUUUUCCGGCUGAUCAACCAGAAGGGGUCCAGUGUGUCACAGUAAGCAGUGAAAAGAAAAAACACCAACCGACAGCAAUGGACAGCAAAGGCCAACCGUACCCGGCGCAUGCACCCGGAUUUAUUCCCGUCCCUAAUCAGCCACCGCCGCAGCAGCACCCGACCGGUUAUCCACAUCCACCGCCCCAGCAGAGCUAUGCCCACCCUCCGCCACCGCCACCGUACGAUGCCAAUGCCAACAUGCUUCCACCGGGGGGCGGCGCUGGACAUCAUCACCCACAGGCCACCUAUGUGCACACUAUUGUCACGGCACCCCAGGUCGGACCCGAUCCUGCCUCCAUCACCUGUCCCUCCUGCCAGAAGCACAUCGUCACCCGGCUAGAUUAUGAAACCUCGACCAAAACUCACAUCUUCGCCGGACUGCUGUGCCUGUUCAUCUGCUGGCCCUGCUUCUGGAUUCCGUAUGUGAUAGAUUCGUGCAAAAAUGCCAACCACUACUGCCCGAACUGUGGCGCCUACAUUGGAACCUACCGGGGAUAAGCUUUCGCAACUGACGACAACGAUGGCAACGACUGUUUUAGCAAGAAAAAAUAAAUGUUGAAAAUUGAACCUGAUUUACAAUCAAUGACGUUUGUGUGCAUGGAGUGAUGAUCAAGAAGUAGCAUGCAGAUGGAGGAGCACUGUGAAUUUUAACCAAUAGAAACUAGAUAGAGAGAUGCAUUUAGCAAGAAAAGUGAUCGAGAUCGGAGGGUAAAUGGACACAGUGAAAAUGUAGCUGGAAUAAAUGUCUAUCAAAUAAAUGCGAUCAAAUCAAACUGUAACCAAACAAAUUCACUAUGAUAGAAGUAAGCCACUUGACAGCUGUGUUAUGUAUUAUAUGAAUGAUUUGGUGAAUAAAUGCCAUAUUUAUAUAUAUAUUUCAA